ACUUCACUCUGCUGCACAGUAAGCAUGCGUUUGAAUGGGAAAGGGAAAGUGAAAGUCAAAUGACACAAGAAUAGACCUAACUGGCGUUGUUGUGUCGUCUGAUCCGAUUUUUAAAAUAGCUAGGUUAAAUGUAUGUGUGAAGACGAGGUGGUUUCAGGUACUGAUCCGUAACAUACUGCCUAAACAACCAGGAGCACAGUGAGUUGCAAUGUGCAGGAGUCUGAGAAUGUGCGGUUGCAUUCCCAAAAUGAAGAUUCUGACAAUCCAACACAGUAUAAUAGCUGGCUUUUUGGUUCAUCUGUUUAUUUGUGCUUGCUGGACAGACGCAUUUGAGAUUACAAUUCCACAAGCUACUGUAUCAUCCAGUAUUGGCCACUCAGUUGUGUUGCCUUGCCACCUGUCUCAGCCAGAUGAUUUUAAAGAAAUGGAAGUGAGAUGGCAUGAAGCAAAAGAUGGAAUUCCUGUGAUCAUAUAUUAUAGAGGAAACUUGGCGAACAGUGCUACAAGCUCACUAUACAAGGGAAGGGUCAGACUCUUCUUAGAGAAAGUAUCGGAAGGGAAUUUAUCCCUUGAACUGACCAAUGUGAAAUAUUCUGACAUGAAGAAGUACAGGUGCUCUGUCAUAUCCUCUGAUCUCAAAUUCACAGCUGGUGUGACAGAGCUUCAAGUGACAGCUACUGGUUCUAAACCAGUUAUAUCUCUCAAACAAAAUGAACCUGAAGGGGCCCAGCUAACUUGUGAAACUUCUGGGUGGUACCCAGAGCCUAAGUUAAUGUGGCAAGAUGUCAACAGUGAAGACCUAACUGCUAAGUCUGAAACUUCAGCAAAACGUGUAGGUGGGGAUCUGUUUACAGUGACAAGCCACCUGAGACUAGCUGACAGGUCUCCUGAAGGUAUUUCGUGCAUUGUUAAACUUGACGAGGGACUCGAAGAGAAGAAGACUAUUUACAGAGAAAAGGACCAGUACCUUGACUAUAAGCUACUACUUUUGAUUCUGGCCAUUUUACUAGUUGUAUUCUUGUGCUUUAUAUUCAUGAAGUAUCGUUCAAAAGGCAAUCAAAAUACCAUUAAAGAGCAAAAAGCUUCAAAGACUCCAAAGAAGAUAGCUGACAUAUUAUUUUCUGAUGCAGAAGAUGAUGACAAGGAAUACAGCCCCACAAAAGGUCGCAAGCCUCAAACAAAGAAGGGACAGACAAGAGAGAAGUCAAAUGUUUCUACCAAGCCCUCUUUCGGGAAAGCUUCUGGUUCAGAGAACGAUAACGGUGAUACACUUUAUAGCGAGGAUGAAGAUGAAAGCUCUUCAGAGGUUUCACAAGAUCACCGAUCAAAAAAAGGUGUGAUUUCUUGGCUUUUGAGAAAUAUGAACUCACUCCUCGGAUUUCAACAUGUGGAAGCUGAUGUGUUAUUUGACACUGAAACAGCACAUCCCAGGAUUAAAGUUUCUGAUAACGGUAAAGAGGCAUAUUUUGGACAUGGUAAUGAUACUAGAGAUGGAAAUAGCUUUGACCGUUUGUUUUGCAUUCUUGGCAAAGAUGGAUUUUCAUCAGGAAAGCACUACUGGGAUGUAAUAGUCAAAAAUAAGGAAUCCUGGGAUGUAGGCGUUGCAACAGAAGGAGCUGAAAGACAAGGAAGACCCCGUCUAAUCCCUGAAAAUGGUUACUGGAUCAUCUCUCUUCGAAAUACUAAAGACUUAAUAGUUCAAACUAAUUCUCCUAAACGUUGGACUAUGGAGGAGCAGCCUAAGAAAGUUAGAGUUUCAAUAGACUACAAAAAAGGGGAAAUUUCUUUUACUGAUGCCAACAGUGGAUUUUGUUUUCACACUUUUAGUGAUAUUGUAUUCAAUGAUAAGGUCUAUCCAUUUUUUAGUCCAUGUGGAUAUGAUAAAAUAUGUUACAAUGAGGAGCCAAUGAUUAUUUGCUCCCCUGAGUGAUUAAAUUAUUUAAGAUUAUUUGAUUCAGUUUGGCACAGUGGCAGGGUUCAUGUCCAGGGUGCUCCCUGUAUGGAGUGUAAAUGUCCUGCCCAUGUCUGGCUGGGCUUUCUCUGGGUGCUCUGGUCUCUUCCCUAACCUGUAAAAGUGAAUUGGCAUUAUCAAAUUGGCCCCGAUGUGUGUGUGUGUGUGUGUGUGUGUGUGUGUGUUCACUUUGCGAUGGACUGAUGCCCUUCCCGAGUGUUAUUCCUGCCUUGUGCUCAAUGUUUGCUGGGAUAGGCUAAUGCUGCCCUGCAACCCUGCUUGGGAUAAGUGAGUUAAGAAGACGGAUGUAUAGAUGAUUCUAUAUCCUUUUUAUCACUCUGAAUGUACAGUAAUUGUUUAGUUUUCAACAGAUUUCAACUAUUUUUUAUAAAGUUUUAUUUACUUCUAUUCAGGCACAGUAUAUUGGCUAUUAGUGUUUUUAUAAAGAUUGUAUAGUUUUUACAUACCUUGUACUUAGUUUUUGUCUAACAACUAACAAGAUAUUAAUUUGCAUUUAAUAUACGUGUUCCUUUGUGUGACUACUAGCAUUUAAAGUCUUACUUUGUAUAGCCAUAACACAUUCUGACAUGAUAUCAAAAAUUCAAUCUUACUUAGUACAUAUUUAAUUAAAAUGCUUUUCUUUUUCAGUCCUAACUAACUUUUCCAGUGUAUGAUCACAGAAACAUGAGUGUGUUUAAAAUCUCCUUUGUGAAUCAACAGUUUCAAGUGGCAUUUUGCUGAAAUAUGUUUUAUUAAUUGUAUGAUGCAGAGGUCCAAAGUAAAAUUCACAUUAAAAGCUUCUAUAUUGGCAUCCAUCCUAUGGAACAAAUGUAGUAAUUAUACUGAUUAAGGCUGAUAAUAUUGAUCAUUUCUAUACAA